CAGCACUGGGCAGCCAGAGUCAGGCCGCGCCUGGACAGGCCCGAGUGCAGGCCACAGAGUGAAGACAGGAAGGAAAGGGGGAAAGGAGAGAGGUGAGGGGGUUCUGGGGGCAGGAGGCAGCCAGAGGAGCAGCUGGGGCGCUACAGCAGUAUAAAUAGCCCCGCCCCCCAGCCUGCACGGAGCUUGGCCACCCGGGGUUUGCAGCUGCAGCCGCCUCCGCCUGUCCACCGCCGGCCGUAGCCGGACGUCCUGGGCACGAGGCCAAGUGGCGGGCAGGCACAGCCCCUGGAGGCUCUGACCCCACGCCCCUUGCCAAAACCAAGUGUCUAGAUGCUUUGCCGGGCUGCCAUGCUGCUGGGCAGCCUCCUCCUCCUGGUGGCCACCAUGACUGCAGCCCAACAGAGGUGGCAGGAUAUGAGCGGGCGCCGCCUGUCACAUAGUAUUCAAUAUGGCCAGUGUACCUACACCUUCGUGCUGCCUGAGCCCAGGCCCUGCAUGCCGGAGCCGGAGGACUUUGGGGGCUCCAACAGCCUCCAGAGAGACACGUCGGCCGGCACACUGCCCCCAGGGGACUGGCGGGCUCAGCGGGUGCAGCAGCUGGAGAAGGCGUUGGAGAACAACACCCAGUGGCUGCAGAAGCUGGAGAGGUACAUCCAGAUGAACUUGAGGUCGGAGCUGGUGCAGGCCCAGCAGCACGUGGUCCAGAACCAGACGGCCACCAUGCUGGAGCUGGGCACCAGCCUCCUGAACCAGAGCACCGCCCAGACCCACAAGCUCACCAACGUGGAGACUCAGGUGCUGAACCAGACGCUGCGCAUGGAGAACCAGCUGCUGGAGACCUCCAUGUCCACUAACAAGCUACAGAAGCAGCUGCAGCUGCAGAGCUGGGAGCUGCACCAGCUGCAGGGCCACAACAGCGCGCUGCAGACACGGGUCCAGGCCCUGGAGACCCAGCAGCAGGCGGAGCUGGCCAGCCUCCGAGACGAGAAGGAGAAGCUGCAGAGCCUGCUCGGCCGCCAGAGCGGCGCCCUCGCCGGCCUCGAGCGCAGCCUGCUGGCCGCCAGCAGCAACUCCAGCCUCCUGCAGAGCCGGCAGCGCCAGCUGUUGGAGUUGGUGCAGCGGAUGAUGCGCAUCGUGGGCGAGGGCCCGGCCUCCACGAGGGAAGCUGAGGAAGUAUUCCAGGACUGUGCAGAGAUCCAGCGUAGCGGGGCCAAUACCAGUGGCAUCUACACCAUCCACGUGGCCAAUGUCACGGAGCCUAAGAAGGUGUUCUGCGACAUGGAGACCACUGGAGGCGGCUGGACCCUCAUCCAGCGCCGAGAGGAUGGCAAAGAGGAUUUCCAGCGGAACUGGGAAGACUACAAACAGGGCUUCGGCGACCCGGCAGCAGAGCACUGGCUGGGCAAUGAGGUCAUGCACCAGCUCACCAGCAGGGCCCCCUACUCACUGCGUGUGGAGCUGCAGGACUGGGAGGGCCGUGAGGUCUACGCCGAGUACGAGCGUUUCCAGCUGGGCAGUGAGGAGCAGCGGUACAGGCUUUCUCUGAGUGGCUACAACGGCACGGCGGGGCGCCAGAGCAGCCUGUUCCUGCAGGGCAUCAACUUCAGCACCCGCGACGCUGACAACGACAACUGCCUUUGCAAGUGUGCCCAGAUGCUGUCAGGAGGGUGGUGGUUUGACGCCUGCGGUGUCUCCAACCUCAACGGCAUCUACUACCAGAAGGGCCACCACAUCCGCAAGCUCAAUGGCAUCCGCUGGCAGUACUUCCGGGGCUCCAGCUACUCGCUGCGCGCCACCCGCAUGAUGCUGCGGCCUGCGAGCGUCUGACGAGUGCUAGGCCCCGGGGCUGGGUGUUCCCGCGACAGCCUGGACCCGCACACAGGACACUGCACCGCGGUCACCUGAGCCAGCCCUCCCUGCCACACGAGUCCGGAGGAGUCACCUGCCUCUCUGUUGCCCUGGCGGGUGUUUGGGGUUCCUGCCUCUGCAGUACCCUGCACCCCACUUCCUUCCAGCCUCCCUCAGGGAGCCUCAAGCCAACUGCUGGCAGGGGGGUGUUGCAGGCAGCAAAGCAGCUGGACCCUGGCCCGGGGUUGGCAGGAAGGCUGCCUCUGCUCCAAGCUCCUGUUGCAAGCUUUCCUAGCCUUGCCGUGUCCUUGACCUUUCUCUCCAAGGCUGAAGGGGCUGCAUCCACACCUUCCACACUUGACCGUGCCCAGGCCCCAAGGUCUGGAGUUCCGCCCUGCUCACCCUGAGCAGGGCUUUGGGACAUCCACGAGGGAGUCGUUUCCCUCCAGCCUGUCCUGGAAUGUGUUCCCCAGGGAAUUACUGCAGCUCCCUUCCUCCCUAUGAGCAGGUGAGUGAGGGAAACAGCAGGUUAAGGUGACCAAUGUGCUUAGCUGCAGGACUUGUCAGGGCCUUUACUGUGAACCCAUAUCUUGUGACUGCCCACGAGGGGCCUAGAGUGGGCAGCUUUAUCCCCAUGUACUUAUUUUGAAGUGGACUCUGUUUGUCCCAGAGGAUCUCUCUACAAACCACUGGGAGGGAACCUUUGGGCUGAGACAGACACAACCCGUGUCUGUGCUAUGAGUUCAAGGCUCCUUCUGGUCUCAAGAAGCCAGAUUUCUGCCCACAUGGCUGCAGCUCAGGCCCCACUGGAACCCUGGCUCACCCCAACUCAGCAGCUCAGAUAGCUGGGCAAGACCCCAGGCCUGGUCCUCCCUGCCUCCCAGGUGGGGGCUGCGGCCCCUCCUCCCCACCUCUCCCCCUCCGAGGCUGAGCCUGGGGGUCCGCACGGGAGGCCCGGCCUGAGUGUGGAGAGCAGGGGCUCCUCCCGAGCGUCCUUCAGUGGCCAGAGUCUGAAAAGGGCCAUGGCCACUCUGCCACCAUGCCCAUCCUCGUGUCACCCUCCUCUGCCCCGGUGAGGCCUCCACAGUCCUGUCACCAUUGGCCAGCACCUGGGCCAGCCAGGAUCCCACCUGCCCACUGCCAGGAUGCCCCUGUCCCGAGAAGGUCUUCUCCUGGACUGAGGCUGGGCUGGAGGGAGGGGGUGCCGUCGUGCACCUGCCUCAGCUCCGCCCCGGUGCUCCUCCUGGUGGCUCCUCUGGGUGGACCCAGCGCAGACGGCCUCUCCAAGCUUCUUCCCCUCAAGACCCAAAGGUGCACUUGACACUGACUUUCCAGGCCGCAGGGGGAAAAGCGUGCAGAACGCUCCAGCUGGCUUACGCAGCACUUGCCCAGCAGACUUAUUUAGCGCCUACUGUGUGGGACUGUGGGCUGUGGGCAGGGCUCCACCUCUGAGACUUUGAGCUGGUGGCUCAGCCUCCCAAGGCCUCCGUAAAAUGAAGAUGGUGACUGUCCCUCUACUGGGCUGUGGCAAGGAGAAAAGGAGCCCGUGUGUGUAAAUAGACUUCCUUACAGAGCCUGGCGUGAAGCGGUGCCUAAUAAAUGUUGGUUCCCAAAAAGG